AUACCGGUACUCACAUCUUUAUGCUGCGCAGGGUGUUUACUAGGUAGCAAACGUUAGCUGUUUUUGGAAAAGAUCUCCAGUCUCCAGUAGUUCCUAGCUACAUACAAGCUCAGGGCAGACUGCGAUAUUUCGGGUGUUUCACUUGUGCGAAAUAUAUAAGCUAGUGGCGUUAAUGCGUUUGUUAGACAUAACUAGCUAUCUAAUCUGCUAAAUUAAAAGUUAGCAUUAGCAUUCCUAGCUAGGAUAGACAGCCGGUUAUUUUGCCAGCCUGCUUUUGGCAUAUAACGUCAGCUAUUAGCUAAAUCCAUUUUCUUAGCCCACAUUUCAAGUGUAAGCCUCUAUACCUUUUACCAAGGUAGCUAGUUAUCUUGUAUCUGUUAUUUACGCAACGUUAUAGUUUUCCCAAACGUCUGGGACGAGAUAAGUUUGGUUAACAAAAGACUUAAAGAUGGAAGGUAUAUCAGUUAUAAGUAAUCCAACAGUGGAUGUGCGUUUGACGAGCACACUUUCUGAAUUUGAAUCAAACAAACGAUUCAAUCGGGGAAUCACCAUUGCAGAAUUCAAGGGUAAGUUGGAGAUGGUGGUGGGCAUUCCAGCGUCAUCUAUGGAACUCCAGCUUUUCAGCAUCCAAGACAAAUUCCUGCUGAAACUUGAGGAUAAUGAAGCUCUCUUUGGCUCAUACCCAGUGGACGAUGACUGCAGGAUACAUGUGAUCGACCAAAGUGGUCAGGGUGCAGAGUUCAGCGAUGUGUCGAAGGUUGAGAAGUUUGAGAUCUCAAAUGACGCCUACGAGAAGAGAAGUGACUCUGUGCGCUCCUUCCUAAAGAAGAAGAAGCUCGGUAAGUUUAAUGAAGAGGGUGAGCUGAAAAAGGAGGAGCUGAAGGAGGCAGCAGAGGAGAAGGAGAAAGCUGCGUGUGCCGACAUCACCACUGGAAGUAGAUGUCAAGUCAAAGUUGUUGGCCAGCCUACUAAGCUCGGCACUGUGAUGUAUGUAGGAACGGCAGACUUCAAACCAGGCCACUGGGUUGGAAUCAAGUACGAUGAGCCACUUGGAAAGCAUGAUGGGAGUGUGAACGGGAAACGGUAUUUUGAAUGUGAGCCGAAGUAUGGUGCCUUUGUGAAGCCUACGUCAGUGACUGUUGGGGAUUUUCCAGAAGAAGACUACUUGGAUGAGAUAUAGGUCAGAAAUUGUCUCAUAUCCAAGCCAUCUGGCAGGGGAGUUGUAUGCAUGGAAGGAUGCACUUUGUUUCAAUUUUUGUUUGUUUCCUCUUUUUUUUUUUUUUUUUUUUUUUUGCUGGUCAAGAGCUUGCCUAGUUAUAACAAAAAUAAAUCUCAGUCCUUUGAAUAGAACAAAAAAUGUCUGACCUUGUGACGGAUACAUCUCUUUGAAAACCUGACAGGCAAAACCGUUAAUGUUAGAGCUGUGGCCUUUCUUUCUUUUCCAAAAAAUAAAUCGAUAUGUUUUCCAUGUCAUAAUAAUGACACAUUGAAGCCAUUGUUUGAUAUGUGAGUGUAUCUCAUAAUCCAAGUGUGUUCUGAAAGUGUUCUGAGGGUGUCAGCUAACACAAUUUCUUCUGUUAUACUAACCCAUGUUGGAUUUCCUGGAAGAAUUGUGUGUGGAUUUAGAGCAGGACGGGUAGAAACAUUUUGGGCUCCAUGACCACUCUCACCUAUAUACUGCCUGGCAUGCUCCAGGGCCUCUGUACUGCACUGGGGCUCUUGAUAGCCCCUUCCUGCUAUGCCACUGAGUGAGCACUAGGGGGAGUAGCAAUCGCAUGACCACCUUUUUUUUUUUUUUUUUUUUACAUUUUGCAGUCUUCAAGGUAGCACAAAGCCUCAUGAUGUUCUAAGCAAGCAUGAACUUCAUGUGUAAUGAAGCUGAAUCGGAGCUGUUUUUUUUGCAUGAUUGUUUAGACUGAACAGAAUAUGUUCCACAGAAAACCUGUGCAAGUCCUUAGUGUCCUCUGUACUUCAUUUAUGGGGAAACAAAUCUCUAGUUGAUCGUUUUUUACCUUCUAGUCGUGUCACAAGGUUAACGUGUUCAUUCAGCACACUGAUUCAAUCUUCCGAAACAUGCAAGAAUUGUAAUGAGAUUUGCACAGAAUUUUGAUCAGGGAUUCGACUUGUCAAUAUCAACGUGAGGAUGAUGUCUAGCCUUUGUGAAACCAUCACAUGAUUUCUAUGAAUGGCUACAUUUUAUUCCCCCCCGCCUAAAAAAAAAGAAAACGUUCCCUCCCCAAAUCAAUUAGAUCCUUGUCCUGCCAGGUCUGGAGCCCAGACAGACCGGUCUUUGAUACAUGAUGAAGACCUUGGUUUACUGCAGAGGUGACUCACAGCCACAUCAUUCAUUAACUUUUAUAGACAUUAAUUAACUUUGUCCAUGAUCAUAUUCAUGAUUCUGCAGGAAGGCAGUCAGACUGGUGUGCCCCUUGAUGCACUGUUAUUAUACUAGCCACGUGACAAUGUGUUGAUGAAUGGCAAUGGUGUUGAAUGGUAAUGUUGUUAUAAAAUGACAGAAAUGAAAGAAGUAAAUGUUUCCUGCACUGUUAGAAUAGUAAGCUAGUUUUGCUGUAAUUGAUGUAAGGAUGAGAAUACGUUGAAACUGACAUUGUUUAUUCGUGACGCUUUUCAAUAAACAGUAUGAUCACAUUGACUUGCAUAGGGUCAA